AUGGCCCACUUUUCUCUGCAGUAUAACAGCUCCAACAACCACAACCACAACCAUAACAGCAUCACCACCAGCUUGAAUAGUCAGUACCGGGCGGCCGCAGCUGGCGGUGGCGGUGGAAAGACCGUUGGGAGGUGGCUGAAGGACAGGAAGGAGAAGAAGAAGGAAGAAAUGAGGGCUCAGAAUGCUCAGCUCCACGCGGCUGUUUCAGUUGCCGGGGUUGUCGCAGCAGUUGCGGCCAUUGCCGCCGCAACCGCCGCUUCUUCAGGCUCCGGCAAAGACGAGCAGAUGGCCAAGACGGACAUGGCGGUGGCGUCGGCGGCCACGCUGGUGGCUGCUCAGUGUGUUGAGGCUGCGAAAGCUAUGGGAGCUGAGCGGGAUCACCUGAGCUUGGUGGUUAGCUCCGCCGUGAAUGUGAGGUCUGCCGGCGAGCAUCAUGAGUCAACAAGAAUCAAAGUGUCAUCGGAUCUGGUCCAAGAACGUCCAGGAGAUAGGAGAAGAGGUUAG